AUGACCCCUGUGGCAAUUAUUACUGGUGCCUGCUCCGGCAUUGGGCUUGCCAUGUCCAAGGAGCUCAUCCAUCGCGGCUACAAGGUGUUCAUGGGCGACAUCAACCCCCAAGGUGGCGAGGUGGUUGAUGCCUUGGCACCCCCUUCCGGUGCCCCUGCACCUACAUUCGUCCGCGGAAACGUUGCUUCCUUCGAAGACCAAGCCAGUCUCUUCGAAGCUGCCUAUUCCUUCGCCCAGCACAUUGACGUCUUCCUGGCCAAUGCAGGCGUGGACGACAGAGAAGAUCUUCUCGCCGAGCCUGUCGAUCCAACUUUCACCGCCAAGCCAACACCGUACAAUGCAGCCACUGCCGAAAUCAAUCUAGGCGCUGUUCUUCAGGGCUUCAAGCUCAUGGUGCACUAUAGUCGCCGUGCCCAAUACGAUGCAAAGGUCGCAGGCUCCGCGCCUCCCCCACUUGGCCGCAUGGUUGUCACUUCAUCGACAUUCGGACUAUACCCAUUUCCCACGAACCCAGUCUAUGCCGCCACCAAACACGCCACAAGGGGACUUGUCCAGAGCCUGGGCCGCCGCGCUGAGCAGGAAGCAAAUUUCACGCUGAACGCCAUCCUGCCGGCUUUUGUGCCCACGCGUUUAGCCCCCGAGGGACUGGUGGCCCAGAUCAGAGACAGAGGCUACAUCACGUCCAUGGAGACUGUUGUGAAGGCGCUGGGUUUGUUCCUGGGCGAGACUGCGGAGCUGCCGGAUCACGUCCAGAGAAUCGAGCUUCCUGGUGCUGCAGCGGGUGAUGGGCCUCUUACUGGAGAAUGUGCGGAAGUUAGCAUGGCUGAAAUUUACUUGCGCGGAUCUGUUCCGUUUGCGAAUGACAGCCAACGAUGGUUUUCGGAGGAUCCAGAUGGCCUUUGGUGGGACGGGUAUCAGCAGAAGAGAGCGGCAGAUAGAAAGUGA